AUGAGUUCAAAAGUUGGUGUACUCAAAGUACUCAAAGAAGUAAAAAAUAAAUUCGACAAAUGUAUUAGAUCUAAAGCAAUGCGCAAGGGCGCUAUCGGUACGCUUCACUUUGGCGAAGAUGAUUCGUUACAUUUUCCAUAA